AGACCGGGUACAACCGGGACACAAGCCGAGCAGCAAUGGAAUGAGCGGGGAGCCGGUACAGGACUCCGCUCCGCCGGCCCGAGGAAUGGUGCUGACAUCUGCCCGCAGCUCAGCCAGCAGCAUGGAGACGUCGCCUGUCACUGCAGUAAACGCCAAAAUAUGCCAACAGAAGCCUGUGGAAGUGAAGGAGAGCGCAGAGAAGUUCUGCCCAGUAACUGUGAAUCCGGGCCAUACCAGAAAGGCUUUCAAGGUCAUGAAUGAACUGCGAAGCCAGAAUUUGCUGUGUGAUGUGACAAUAGUGGCGGAAGAUGUGGAGAUAGCUGCUCACAAGGUGGUUCUGGCAGCAUGCAGUCCCUAUUUCCAUGCAAUGUUUACAGGUGAGAUGAGUGAAAGCCGAGCAAAGAGGGUCCGCAUAAAAGAAGUGGAUGGAUGGACCUUGAAGUUACUUGUUGAUUAUGUUUACACUGCAGAAAUUAAAGUCACCGAGGAAAAUGUGCAGGUUUUACUUCCAGCAGCCAGUCUCCUACAGCUUCAAGAUGUGAGAAAAACCUGCUGCGAGUUCUUGGAAUCCCAGCUACACCCUUCCAACUGUUUGGGAAUCCGAGCUUUCGCUGACAUGCAUGCUUGUACAGAAUUGUUAAAUCAGGCCAACUUAUUUGCGGAACAACAUUUCUCAGACAUUGUCGCAGGCGAGGAAUUCCUAAAUCUUGGAAUCGAACAAGUGUGUAGCCUGAUUGCCAGCGAUAAGCUUACUGUGAUCUCAGAGGAAAAGGUGUUUGAAGCGGUUAUUGCUUGGGUAAACCACGACAAGGAUGUACGUCAGGAGCACAUGGCACAUCUGAUGGAACAUGUCCGUCUUCCAUUACUGUCCAGGGACUAUUUAGUACAGAGGGUUGAAGAAGAGGCUCUGGUGAAGAAUAGCAGUGCCUGCAAAGAUUACCUCAUAGAAGCCAUGAAGUACCAUUUGCUUCCAGGAGAUCAGCGAACGUUGAUUAAAAGUGCUCGCACAAGGCAGAGGACGCCUAUUAGUCUUCCCAAGUUAAUGGUGGUGGUUGGAGGUCAGGCUCCCAAGGCGAUUCGCAGUGUGGAGUGCUAUGAUUUCAAAGAGGAACAGUGGCACCAAGUGGCUGAAUUACCAUCAAGACGCUGCAGAUCAGGUUUGUUCACCUGUAUUCCAUCGUCUUGUGUGCUGUUAGAGCUGAUACAGAAAAUGACUUCAACCAGUGUGGCCAACAUGCAGGACAGGAGGAGCACUCUAGGGGCUGCUGUACUGAAUGGGCUGCUCUAUGCUGUUGGGGGAUUUGAUGGCAGCACAGGAUUGGCAACUGUGGAAGCAUAUAAUGCGAAAGCUAAUGAGUGGUUUCAUGUUUCACCAAUGAACACCAGGAGAAGCAGUGUUGGAGUCGGUGUUGUUGGUGGUAUGCUGUAUGCUGUUGGUGGCUAUGAUGGAGCAUCAAGACAGUGUCUUAGCACGGUUGAAUGUUAUAAUCCCAGCACCAAUGAAUGGACUUACAUAUCAGAAAUGGGCACACGAAGAAGUGGUGCAGGUGUGGGAGUCUUAAAUGGUUUGCUGUAUGCAGUUGGAGGCCAUGAUGGUCCGUUGGUGAGGAAAAGUGUUGAAGUUUAUGACCCAUCUACGAAUCUGUGGAAGCAGGUUGCUGACAUGAACAUGUGCAGGAGGAAUGCAGGUGUUUGUGCUGUGGACGGCAUGUUGUAUGUUGUUGGAGGUGAUGAUGGAUCCUGUAAUUUAGCAUCUGUAGAGUACUAUAACGCAACAACCGACAAGUGGAUACUUUUGCCUUCUUGUAUGAGCACGGGGAGAAGUUAUGCAGGAGUUACAGUUAUUGAUAAGCCCUUAUGAUCCAAGAGAGGACCUCGCAUUAUCUUAAGAAAGAGCAAGUAUAAAGUGAAGUGUAGCUUCAUGGCCUUCCUUGCUUCUGACUGCAAGCUGUGGCAGAGAAAAUUCAAGGCUUUUCUUCUGCAGUAAAGCACAGCAGCCGCCGAAGAUUACAAUAGGUUGAAGAAUUGUGCAGAGCUUUUUCUGCAUUGAGCAGCAGCUACCUGCAAGUUCCAAUGAUUUGUGAUUUUUGCUUCCCAACUGUUACAGAAGAGAAAACAUAAGCUGCUUUCAUAUGGUCCAGCAAUCACUGAUGCUGGGUGGACUAGAGAAUGUCAUUAAAAAGAAGGAUCUAAAGUUCUGUGUAUAUCAGUGAGGUGAGGUUCUAUGUAGGGAACCAUACAUUCUGUACAUGAAGUAUAAAUAUUUUCUGAAGCCACAUGGGUAGAUGUGUAGGAAACCUAUUUUCACAUAAAGAUGCUUUUUCAGCUAUGUGAAUAACCUGUAAAGUGUGUGUGUAUGUCUGUGCAUACGUGUACUGUACAACUGUAAUUGCUGCUUUCUUUUUUAAAGCGGCCCCGAUGUUGGGUUUAUGCACUAUUUAUAUAUUGGAGCACUCCGAGGAGAAUCUGCCAGUACUGUUGUAACACAAAGUUGUAUAUAUAUAUUUUUUUUUUUUACAUGUAAAUUUGCAUUUGCAGAAUAAUGAGGGCAGUGGCACUGGGGGAACAAAUGUAUAGGCUGCCAAAUGUUUUUUAUAGAAAUAAAGGAGACCUGAUUUGAUUGUUUUAUUUAUGAUGAUGUUUGUAUAAAUUUGCACAUAUCUCUUUUGUGAUUCCUUAUUUUUGGAUGUGAAGGAAUUUUACAGCAUGUG